AUGCUUUUGAUCUUUGGAGAAGUCACGCUAUCGAUCCUGUUUCCGGUCACAGGGGAAACACAGCAGAUUGUCGAGGAUUUUAAGAAAUCAAUCUGUUUACUUGGGUUAUCUAACGCCAUCAACAAUUCCGACAAAAUUGCAAAAGAAAUUUUAGCCAUGUGUCCAUUCAUCGACAAUUCAAUGAUUCACAAUCUUGUGGAAGUUGUUGAAGAAUUGAAAUUACGAGAAUAUGAUCAAAAUGGGAUGGUGGUUAAAAAAGAAACUGCAUCUGAUGGAUCCUAUCUUCCACGAUUUCCAGAAAUAUUCGACAGUCUUGAUGAUGAAAAUGUAUUGGAUGAAAGUAGUAAUGAUGAGGAACCUGACUUUGGAAAAUUGGAUCAUUACGUUGACCUCCUUUAUGAGGAUAUUCCUCAUAAAAUUGAAGGUUUAAAUUGUUUAGCAAAACUGUCCAAAUGUAACAGUUACUUGAAAGAAAUAUCUCGACAUGAUUCAGCUAUAAACGCUGUUUUCCAAACAUUGCGAGAAGACUCUAAAAAGUCUUCAACACUUACAAAGCAUAUUCUCACAAUUUGCCUAAAUUUUGCCAGAAUCAGAGAUUUCCAUGAAUUACUCAUCAAUCAAAAAAUCCCUAUGUUGAUCCUCGAAAUUGUUGAUUUUGAAUUGGAACGUUGUGAGAAGUGGAAGUCGCAACUGUUAGAGAUAGAAGCGCACGACAGUGUUUUUAGUGCCCGGUCUUUGAAUGAACAUCAAAAGAAAUUGGUUCGCCUUGAAAAGCUGACAUCUGUUCAAAACGUGUCGCUGAAAAUUUCAUUUCAAAUUCUUCACUGCCUAUCCGAAGACAAGGGCGUUCGUGAGACUUUGCACGAGAACAAGGUGAUCGCAUCCCUAGGCGAUACAUUAGAGCGGAGGGAUAAUGAGCUUCUCGAAGUCGUGACAUCGUUUCUACAAAAUUUGUCCAGUUUCAGACAAUGCAUUAACGAAAUGAUCCGAGUCGAUCUUGUAGGUCAAUUGGCUGCACUUCUUAAAGAGGGCACACCAAUUUCAAAGAAAGUUGUUAACAAUGCAUUGCAUUUGUUAUACAAUCUCUCAUUUUCUUGCGACCUUCGUGAAAAAAUUUGUGACUAUGAACUCAUUUCCAUCAUUGUCAACUGCUUCGAGAAAUCCAUGUUUCGAGAAAUCACUGCAAGGAUAUUGUAUGUUUUAUCAAUGGAUUCGCUGAUUAGAAUAAAGUUGGCAAAACCGGCUUUACUUGAUUCGUUAAUGCGAUGUCUUACCACAAACUCUGAUACCGAUACACGAUCUUUUAUAACUGUCGUGGCAAGUCUGGUGUUAAAUCUCUCUAGGACAAGACGAGGAGCAAAGAUGAUAUGGGAGACUAACAAAUUGGGACUUUUGAUUAAAUCCGCGAUCAACCAAGAUUUUUUCGCAAUGAAAAUUGUCAGAUGUCUAGCAGAACACGACGUUGCAUUUGUUUUAUAUGAUUAUGCAGGAGAUAUUGCUUCAGCACUGAUUAAUUCUAGUGAUCAAGAGUUCGUCAUGGAAUGCAUUGGGAUUUUAGGUUGUAUCGACCUCCAGAAAGUCUCCAUUCAGUCGAUCGUUCAGAAUGGUAAAAUAUUCCCUUGGCUGAAACAAACAUUGGGAUACUACUUGGAUAAAACUGAAAUUGAUGUUUCAUUCGACUUAACGACUGCUUCCAUUGAUGUUAUUCUUCUUCUGAGGAAUCUAUCUCAAGUUGAAGAAGGUGCAAGACUUGUUGUGGCAGAAGGAUUCGUAGAUGUAUUGCUAAAAAUUUCACACCUAGGGUCAAAAACUGAAGAAUCCGUCAUUGAUCAUAUACUUUUAUUUUUUGAAACUUGUGUAAAACACGAAUCAAUUUCAGUAUAUUUGGCAACAAAAUCUUGCCUCCCCAAUGGGCUCUUAGAAUUUGCUAAACGUACAACUGAGAAACAUAGGGGGAAAGCUAUCAGUAUUUUGGAGCAAAUUGGAAAAUUUGACGAAACCUGGAAGGAAAAUGUUCAAGAGUUAAAUUUUCUAGCGUGGAACAAAGAUUGGACUGAUGCAGUUACUGCUUCUUCAAGGAGUGAAUAUGACGCGGUGUCGGUGAAUGGACAAAAGUUCAGAUUUCAAGACGACUCAUGUAUCACCUCCAGAGAUGCGAUUACCUCACUUCGUAAUUACAAUAGGACAUUUUUGCUAUAA